GAAGAAAACGGUGUUUGCAUUCCGUGCUUAGCUAAGUGGUGCUAUUAUUAUCGUUCCAUUUUAUCGGUCAAAAGCGUGCGCAUUAUUCGUUGUGAACCUGCUGCGUUGAGCCCAACGAGCCAGCUCGUCAUCAGACGAUGAAUACUUUAAACAACGAUGAAGAAUCCUUCAUUAUACUCGGUACCUCGCCAACCCCAUCGAUGGACCCCGUGUCCCUAGUCACAGGUUCGGUUGCCGCCCAGGAAAAGGAAAACCCGCCCCGGGAAGGGUUGUCAAAGCUUGAAAUGUCCACUCAGCUUGAUUCAACCACAUUCAGCUUAGUUCCGAACGGUGCACCACCAUCGAGUAUGUUUCUCGAACAAUCGCAGCCCUUGAAAUCACAGAAUGAAUCAUCAAUCCUGCCGCCUGCGUCAAGCACCAUCAUUGAGUCAUCACUUCCGACCCAGCAACAGCCAAAGUUGCGAUCGAUCCAAAACAAGGAAAACUAUGCACCGGCCGAUGGUCCGUUGGUGUUUGAACUGGGUGGACAGCAGCAGCAAACGGCCUCGUUCGUACUCGGGGAAACGCGCUCAUUGUUGCUGCAGUUUCCCAGCCUGGCCCAAGCGUCCAUGACGCAGGAUGAAUUACGGCUACUGCAAAAACUGUCCACCGAGCACAGCCAGCUGAAGGAAAGCCUGCAACGGGCUAAUAUUGCGAUGCGUAAGAAUUUUGUCUCUAUCCAGCAGUUGCAGGAAGAGACGAAAGUACGACGCGGCGAGCAAGACAUUCUUGUUGAGCAGCAGCAACAGAAAAUCGAUCAGCUCGGCGCAGAAGUUGAAAGAUUGACUACCGAGCUCUGUGCUGGUAAAGCGCUCCAGGGCGAACAGGAAGUACUGAUGGAAAACGCACGUCGAGGGUGGCAAGCCGAAUUGGAUGAAAUCGGACGGGUUCGUAAGGUGGAGCAAAGCGAAGCACAGCAGGAAGUGGAUGAGUUGAGAAAGCUGGCGUCCGAGCGUCAGGCUAUCAUCCAGAAUUUGGUGAAAAAAAUUGAAGACUUGGAGCUACAAAUCAAAGGGUUCGUCGUGGUGACCAACAAUAGUCCAGAGCGACGUGAUGGUGAUGGCAACUUUAUCGCGAUAGACACACACCGGGAGCAGAUUAAAAAGUGGGAGCGCGCAAUGUCUGUCGAAGUGGCAAAAAAUCUUGAAUUUGAAGAUAUGCGUAAACUAUAUGUUGAUGAAAUCACCUGUCUCAAGGCAAACGUGCAAGCGGCAGAGAAGGUGUACGAAGCAUCUCGUGUUGAAGCACAGCAAUUCUUCGAUGACCUGAAACAGCGGGAUUUUACGAUCCAGGAGCUGCGUGCGGAUAUUCAAUCGGCCACCGAGCAAAUAGGCGUCCUGAAGGCACAGUCUGACAUUUUUCUGAAAGAUUUCGAAGCCGAACGUGUGGCUCGUCAAGAGCUGGCCAGUGAGAAAAGUCGCAUUUUGGAGGAAUUUGAAGUGCUUCAACGUCGAAACAGGGAACUGGCGGAGCAGAUUGCCCAAGCGCAAAACGAACAACAACACUCCGCCCAAAGAGCGGCCAAGAUGGUACAGGAGGCUACGGCGAAGAACGUCCCUGCUGUGGAAGAAGAGGAGGAAAGGCGCACCUUGCUGCGAUGUCCACUGUGUCUAAAGGGCUUCAAGGACUUCGGCACGUUGCAAAAUCACGCUUCGGACUGUAUGGGAAGCGAAUAGGUGGCGAUUAUGCUGUUGAGGGAGAAUGUUUGUUGAUUUAUUUCUUUAUUAUCGCAAACGUAUUCGCUGAGAAUGAAAAAUAUUAACUUCGCACGAUUUCGAUUAUAUCCCCACUUCCUAUAGUCGGAUCUAGAAGUAUGUGUACAAAAUCCAAGAAGAUAAGGAACUGACGGUGUGUGAUGCGUCACCAUGCAGCAGGUGACUAGGUACUAAUGGAAAUGUUUAUGCAUGCGGCAUGCAUGAGUUGGAAAUAUAUCGAAACGUUGCACUUUUAGCUGCAAUCGAAUCCUUUGAUCUUUGGUCAAUCUGUGGUCUUUUCAUAAUUUGCUUGUUAUGUUUUUGUAUCGGUCAGCUUUGAAAAAUAAGCCGCAACAUUGAAGCAUAAACAAAGGGCUGCUACAAACGAAACAUCAUGACUCUGACUGAACAACGGCUUACAUCCUUUUAUGGGGAAAUGUCCAAAAAAUCGUCGUCAAGUUCCAUUUAGCAACUGCGGCAAUAACAGCGAAAGGGUUUUCUCUGCCACCAAAAGCUCACACUCAGCCCUUUAGGGAGAAUCCGCUAGCGUUGUGAAACUGGCAAGAAAAUGUGAAA